UCGCCAGUGCUGAAACAUCAUUGCUAAAUCUUUUCUCAGUAACAAAGGUGAAAUUAAAAAACCAUUAAAGAAUAGUCGUCGGCACGAUUUAUGUUUGUUAUCUCUGUAGAUAUAUACUUCGAAUGUUGGUGUUACUCACUCAAACCUCUCACCAUGAAAGCGACUCGGUUUGUGCUAAUUUUUGCUGCUCUUGUUCAAACGGUCCGACCAGAGGGCUGCAACUUCGCACCCUUCCGCGUUUGGCAAUCCGUCCUUUUAUCGGCGGAAAACAUUGAGAUGCUCUACCCUCCCAUCGAGAAUUCACCAGACAAUCGUAACAUCAGCCUGCCAGUCGGCGCCACCAUAAUAAUCUCAUGUAACGGCGGCCGUUUUUCGGCUAGCUACAACACUACGAAAACAAUCUUUGCUACAUGUAAUCAGGACUACCAAUUGGAAGCUCAGGACACGAUCGUCGACUUCGAUAACCUAGAUUGCAUCAAUUUCAGCCCCGUCGUCCCCAAAGUCACCUCCACGCCCUGCGCACCUAACGCCGUCCUAAUUGAAGUCGGAUUCCAAAUCGGUCUGAACAUCAAGUUCCUGCCCCAGGUGAAGAUAUGCUUCGAUGAGAAGAACUUAAUUCCGGUUUAUGCUAACUAUAAUUUGACUAAAUCCAUCGGGUUUAUUAAGACGUAUCUAAGUGAUCAGUAUGUUGUGGAUAGUGUGUACAAUGUAGACGUCGACUUUGAUACGUUGUACGAUAAUGUGACUUAUCAGGAGCAACAAAUUAAUAAGUUGUUGGGGUUGCCGGAAGACUCGACUCAAUAUGUCAGUCCUGUGAGUUGUGGGGCUAAUCCAUUGAUUACGACACCUGGGUUCUGCUUCACGAGACGCACAUUGGCCUUUCGUGGGGACUUUGUGUACACUUCGCAACAAAAGGCUACUUUUAGAUAUAUAAAUGUAGCACCUCAGUGGUCUUUCAUUGACUAUAAUCUGGACAAACUGGAAAGAAAUGUUGUGGAUUUUGUUAAAACUAAGAAAUUAGAUUUGGAGGUGUACACAGGAACGUUUGGUGUGGCGACGCUACCUGAUGCUAAUACUGGAGAGGAAGUUAAAUUGUUUUUGCAUAAUGAUGAAAAGAGUUCUGUAAUGCCGGUUCCUCUCAUAUUUUGGAAACUUAUUUAUGAACGAACGAGUUACAAGGCUGCUGUUUUUUUGGUUGUUAAUAAUCCUCACUUGACUCAAGAUGAUAUUCCCAAAAAUGUGAUCUGUAAUGAUAUUUCGGACGAAUUUACGUGGCUGACUUGGGAAAAACGUAAUGCUACUAAAGGUUAUUCGUAUGCCUGCACUUACGAAGAUGCGAAAGCUGCCAUCACAUAUUUGCCAGAUCUACUAGUUAGGGGAGUUCUUGUUUAACAUUAUCUAAUGCUUGUUUUAUUUUAUAUCACAAUAAACUAUUCGUCUA